AUCACGGCUCGCUCUUCCAGUGCGUCGAACGAAGAGACAGAGAAGUAAGACAUGUAAYGUGGUUGAAGGAUUGGUUUUAAAAGUCAAUUUACCGUUACAUUCUACCAUUAUGAGGCUAUAAACUUAAUCCAACUAAUUCCAAGAUGCCGAAUAAAGGCAAGAAAGAAAAGGCCUCCAAAUCCGGCGGAUCUUCGAAGCAGGCUACUAAAGAAAGCACAGAUGGGCCGACAGAAGACACAAAAAUCAAGGUUCAUGGCGCUCUCCAUCCACCAAGCCAAGUCGUCAAACUUCGCCAUUUUGCCAAUGGACCUUCAAUCAUGAGGAAAGAAAAGCGCCACAGCUCGACGUUCAACGUUAGCGAUAACCGAGAAUUAGUCAAAUUGCCAUUAUUAAAAGAUUGUCCAACUGGGGAAAGAGAAUCUCUUUUCAUACAGAAGCUACAGCAGUGCUGUGUCAUGUUUGACUUCAUCGUUGAUCCUCUGAGUGACUUGAAGUAUAAGGAAAUCAAGAGAGCAAGUCUGAAUGAGUUGGUUGAUUUUGUUACACAUAAUAAAGGAGUAGUCACUGAAGCUAUUUACCCAGAAGCAAUACGAAUGUUCUCAUACAAUACGUUUCGAACAUUACCACCCCCUUCAAACCCUAACGGAGCAGAGUUUGAUCCAGAGGAAGAUGAGCCUAGUUUAGAGGCAUCAUGGCCUCAUUUACAGAUUGUGUAUGAGUUCUUUUUAAGAUUCCUUGAGUCGCCAGACUUUCAACCCUCAAUGGCUAAGAAACACAUAGACCAGAGGUUUACUUUACAGCUUCUUGAACUGUUUGAUAGCGAAGACCCUCGUGAAAGAGACUUUCUCAAGACUAUCCUACAUAGAAUUUAUGGCAAGUUCCUUGGCCUCCGGGCUUUUAUAAGAAAAUACAUAAAUAAUAUAUUCUACAGAUUUAUUUAUGAGACAGAAAGACAUAAUGGGGUGGCAGAACUCCUAGAAAUUCUCGGCAGUAUCAUAAAUGGUUUUGCACUGCCGCUAAAAGAGGAACACAAGUGCUUCCUGAUUAAAGUUUUAAUGCCACUACAUAAAGUCAAGUCUUUGGGAAUGUAUCAUCCUCAGCUUGCUUACUGUGUGGUGCAGUUCUUGGAAAAAGAUCCCACACUGACAGAACCUGUCCUAAUGGCUUUACUAAGAUUCUGGCCUAAAGUACACAGUCCUAAAGAAGUAAUGUUCCUUAAUGAACUGGAAGAAAUCCUUGAUGUGAUAGAACCAUCAGAAUUCGUAAAAGUCAUUGAACCACUCUUCAAACAGUUAGCCAAGUGUGUCUCAAGUCCACAUUUCCAGGUGGCUGAGAGAGCUUUAUACUACUGGAAUAAUGAGUAUAUAAUGAGUUUGAUAAGCGAUAAUGCUAAUGCCAUUCUGCCAGUCAUGUUUGCUUCACUGUACAAGAAUUCCAAGAACCACUGGAAUAAGACAAUCCAUGGUCUGAUAUACAAUGCUCUGAAACUAUUCAUGGAAAUGAACCAGAAAUUGUUUGAUGACUGCACACAGAAGUACAAGGCAGAAAGGCAAAUGGAAAAAGAAAAACUGAAAGAAAGGGAGAAUGCAUGGAUGAAAAUUCAUGACUUGGCUCGUAAGAACCCUGAUCAUGACAAAAUAGUACACCUGUCAGACGAUGAUCUUCCUGGCAAUAGUCUAAGAGAUAUGGACACCACGGAAGACAAUAUAAAUAUGGAUAAUAUAUUAUCAGCCAAGGGAGUCUCAAAAACCGCACCUAUAGCAACCAACAAAAUUGAAAGCCGGAAAUUCGUACGAAGAAAAUCAGAGAUACCUCAUGAUUCCCGAACGGUCAAAGCGCUUCAAGAUUACCAACCACCGGAGGAAUUCCUACCGACUUCUACCGACACAGACGUCGCCACUUCCUCGUAAUGCACUCGUGAUGUUGCCGAAGGUGUGAAGGGGCAUACGAUCAUAGUAAAGUCGCGCGCACUUGCUAAUCUGUCUUGAUGUACAUGUUCUUGAAUCUGGGACCAUAUGUCAUGUGUCCGCGAAAAACUGGGUCGAGUUUGUAUUGCACACAUGACUAUUCUGGCAUCCUUUCCUUUUCUAAAAACAAAUUCGUUGAAAUAUAAACCCUUUUGCUUUUCAUUUAAAUUUCGCGACUCUCGAUCUUAUGGUCCCGGCUUYAUAAUUCAAGUGGCAUAUCGAUUGGCAUUGGUGUCGUAUUAGCCGUACCAAGAUUGAGAGGAAAACUGGGUCGAGUUGGUAUUGCAGUGCAUUGUGGGGCAGCUUUAGGGGACCAAAUAGACUCUUCCACAGUCUCUCGCUCGUCC